AUGACUGUUGAUAAUGCCUCCUCAAAUGACUCCAUGAUUACCUACUUGAGAAGGAAGAUUAAUGGGUGGAAAGGGGUUGUUUUAGGUGGAGAAUUUCUUCAUGUUAGGUGUUGUGCCCAUAUAGUGAACCUGAUUGUCAAUGAAGGUUUAAAAGACCUACAUGAUUCCAUAGCUGCCGUUCGUAACGCUGUGAGGUAUGUGAGGUCUUCUCCGGCUAGGUUACUGAAAUUCAAGUCAUGUGUAGAGCGAGAGAAAAUUGAAUACAAAGGUCUCGUAUGCUUAGAUGUCCCUUCUAGAUGGAACUCCACCUAUAUGAUGUUAGAUGCAGCCAUUAAGUUUCAAAAAGCUUUUGAAAGAUAUGAAGAGGAAGAUAACAAGUUUGUGUCUUAUUUUCGAGAAGAUGAGGGGGGGAAGCGGAAGAUUGGGCCGCCACUUGAUGAUGAUUGGAAAAAUGUUAAGCUAUCUGAAUUAAGCAAACAAGAUGAUUCAAUAUUUUCAUCCAUAGCUGUGAGUAUGAAAAAGAAGUAUGACAAGUAUUGGGGGAGUGUUGAGAAUAUAAAUUGUCUUCUCUUUGUGGCUGUUGUACUUGAUCCUAGGUACAAAAUGGAUUAUUUGACAUAUUGUUUCUCUAUAGUGUAUGCUUCUUCCACUUCUGAAACAUUAGCAAAGAAUGUGAAGGAUACUAUGUACCGGCUGCAUGAGGGUUAUAGGGGGGACAAAGAUGAAUCUGUGGCUAAUGCAAGUAGUGGGGAGGCGGCAACAACAAGUACACCAGAGGCAAAAAUGACUCUAGAAGGAAAAGGGUGUUUGUGGAGCUCCUUUCUUAGGAAAAUGAAGGAGAAGAAUGUGAAUGAGUACAAAAAUGAUGUGGACAGAUACUUGACAGACCCUAUGGAGGAUCCAACUCGGUCAAAGUUUGAUGUUUUAGAAUGGUGGAAGAAUAAUGCAACUAAUUACAAGGUUCUCUCACUAGUUGCAAGAGACAUUCUUGCCAUUCCUGUUUCAACAGUAGCCUCAUAA